AUGGCUAAACAGGCGUAUAAUCAAGUCAUGCACCAGUUCGGAAACAAAAUUUUGCCGCCGAAUCAUCCAUACACGAUAUUUGUAAAACGCGUCGCGUCAAGGAUCAUCAAGGCUGCAGGAAUGGAGAAUCUUGACUGGGAGUUCCAUGUGAUUCAGAGCGAUGAAAAGAACGCGUUUGUGUUGCCAGGAGGAAAGGUCUUUGUCUUUACAGGGAUUCUGCCAAUCGCAGAGAACGAGAACGGGCUGGCGACGGUGCUGGGACACGAGAUUGCGCAUCAGCUGGCACGUCAUUCGGCAGAAAAACUGAGCUUCACAAAGAUUGCCAUGUUUAUCGGAGUCAUUGUUGCCCUCGUCUUUGAUCCGUCCUGGGGAAUACAGCGUAUUAUGAUGGAUCUCGGCAUGAUGCUGCCAUUCAGUCGGAAGUGCGAGACAGAAGCAGAUCAGAUCGGACUGCAGCUCAUGGCACAGGCAUGCUUUGAUCCCCGGGAGAGCACUCAUAUGUGGGAACGCAUGGCUUCACAGGAGAGGGGACCUUCGCUUGCUUUCUUGAACACCCAUCCAGCGAGCAAGGACCGUGUCCGCAAAAUGGAGGCGUGGAUGCCGGAGGCUCUGGAUACGUACAACAAGUCGGACUGUGCAACAACCAACUCCUGGGCGGACAUGUUCAACAAGUCCAAGCUGGCAUCCUGGUAG